AUGGUAUCUUAUCCCACCCUCGAGUUACGCGCGUCGUGGCCGCGACGUAUCACGGAUCUCGGGCUUUCGCCCAACGCGUUGAUCAACGCCGCGCUGAACUCGCACACGGAUCGCACCUACGUCAUAUACAGUGAUUACGCUGUACUGGAAAUGGACGAAUGUAACAUGACGGCUCGCGGGUACCACACGCUGCGACCGUUUUCCCGGGUAUACCGUCGUCGGUGCGCACGGCCUACCACUACCGAUGGACACCUCUACUUCGUUCAUCGGGAUCGCUUCUUCGCGUACAACGAGUUCACCGAGACCGUGACGAGGUCCGAAGAGUUCGAUCUCGACGCGAUCGGCGUGACGUGUCCUAGGGAGGAUAUCCUGCGGAAAUUGUGGGAUCUGCUCGCUCGACUCGCUCGUUCGAGCGUCGCGUUUGAUUAG